AUGAGUGAGCAACAACUUGAUUGUGCACUGGAUUUGAUGCGUCGCCUACCUCCGCAGCAGUGUGAACGAAAUCUUAUUGAUCUCAUCGACCUUGCUCCUGGACUUUGUGAUGACCUCUUGGGAACCGUUGAUCAACCGUUGAAGGUGGCGAAAGACAAAGAAACCGGCAAGGAAUACCUCCUUUGUGACUAUAGCAGGGACGGAGAUAGCUACAGAUCUCCCUGGACAAACACAUACGACCCUCCAGCGGAAGAUGCACAACUGCCGUCAGAAAAAUUGAGAAAAUUGGAAAUAGAAGCCAACGCUGCUUUCGAAAGCUAUAGAGACAUGUACUUCGAAGGAGGUAUCUCAUCGGUUUACUUUUGGGAUUUGGACCAUGGAUUUGCCGGAGUAGUUCUUAUCAAAAAAAAUGGAGACGGUUCAAAGGCUAUUCAAGGAUGUUGGGAUUCUAUCCAUGUAAUCGAGAUUAACGAAAGGUCUUCGCGUCAAGUCCAUUACAAGUUGACGAGUACGAUUAUGCUUUGGCUGCAAACAAAUAAACCAGCCAGUGGUAUGAUGAAUCUUGGAGGAUCACUAACUAGACAGAUUGACCAGGAUUCCCCAGUUAAUGACCAAAAUACUCACCUUGUCAAUAUAGGAAGAAUGAUUGAGGAUCAGGAAUCGAAAAUGCGUUCAACGAUUAACGAAAUCUACUUCGGUAAAACUAAAAAGGUUAUUGGUGAUCUUCGUUCCGUCGAUACUUCUAUGGAAAAAGAGAAGCAGGAGGAGAUCGUUCGUGAGAUUCGUACCGCUGUGGCGGGUCGUAAUAAUGCUGCGUAA